AAAGAAAGUUUGUGUACUCACAAUGUUAGACUUCAAGUACUCAACUAGGAAAAUUUAUAAUGCAGCUCUAGUGGUUUCUUUGUAGGGGGAGAUGGGUUAAGCCAUCCUCGGCCGACUCAUUGGGUUGAAUCAUGACUUAAAAAUUGUCUGAAGAAGCUCUAUUGCUAUUUCGCGAGGCAACCCACAACGAUGUAACUGAAGUUGGUCUUUCUUCCUGCUCUGCCUCUAUGUUUGAUUAUUGGGCAUCGCAUCAGAUGAUCAAUAAUUAAACCUUCAAGGAGCAUGAUUCGGGAGGUCAUAACACGAGGACAACUUGAGGACAGAAGUAAGAGUUGCAGAUAUUGAGAUUUGAAUUUCUAAGCUAUCUAAGAUCUCUUAAAGGGAUGUACUUCAUUCACACACUAUGUCCAAAGGGAGCUGCUUAAAUAAAAGGUGUAAGCUAAACUGAUGAAGGGAGAAAGAGAGCGAAAAUUGAUCUCCAACGUUGAAACCUCAUCUACAAAGUGUUUUCUAUAUAUGAAUGUGAUCCCUUGGCGGUAAUAAUGUCCACGGCUUCGGUCUCCGCCUUCUGCCUCACUUCCAACACCACCUCUCCUUCUAACGCACUCUGGCAACCCACAUUGCGGCGGCCCUCCAUCGUUGCCAACCUCAACUCUUCCACUUCUCCUCCUACACUCAUCCGAAAUCAACCCGUUUUCGCAGCACCUACUCCUUUGCUCACUCCUUCCAAUUGGAAAGAAAACAUGGGAGACCAGUCAUACGAGGAAGCCAUUGAAGCUCUCAAGAAACUGCUCAAUGAGAAAGGAGAAUUGAAGAGUGCAGCGACGGCAAAGGUAGAGCAAGUGACAGCUGAGUUGAAGACUGCUGCUUCUUCCGAUGAGUCUGUUGACCGCUUGAAACAAGGCUUCAUUUACUUCAAGACUGAAAAAUACGAAAAGAAUCCUGCUCUGUAUGGUGAGCUUGCCAAGGGUCAAAGCCCAACGUAUAUGAUAGUGGCAUGCUCGGACUCAAGGGUGUGCCCCUCUCAUGUUCUAAACAUACAACCCGGUGAAGCUUUCGUGGUCCGCAAUGUCGCCAAUAUGGUGCCACCAUAUGAUCAGAACAAGUACUCAGGAACUGGAUCUGCUAUCGAAUACGCAGUGUUGCAUCUCAAGGUGAAAGAGAUCGUGGUCAUCGGACACAGUGCCUGCGGUGGAAUCAAGGGGCUGAUGUCAUUCCCGUACGACGGAACCACUUCAACUGAUUUCAUAGAAGAUUGGGUUAAAAUUGGACUGCCUGCAAGGAAGAAGGUUAAUGCAAAAAAUCGUGGGGAGCCUCUGGGGCUUCGAUGCACCUUUUGUGAGAAGGAAGCAGUGAAUGUAUCGCUUGGAAACCUGCUAAGUUAUCCAUUUGUGAGAAAUGGGUUGAUCAACAACACCCUAACUCUAAGGGGCGGAUACUACGAUUUCAUCAAAGGAAAUUUCCAGCUCUGGACUAUUGACUUCCAGCUCAGUUCCUCUCUCGCACUAUGAUCUGUAUUUUUAACAUAAUAUAUGAGAGAAGAACAUGCAACCUUCAUCCACUUAAAUCAAUGACACCCUCUUUCUUCCUUAUCUCUGCAUCUCUUUGUUUUAACUACCAUCUUUGUUCACGAUGGAGAUUACUGUACAUUCUCCAUUACAUUUCCUUUACUAAUAAACUAUGUUCCAUAGACUUGUUCUA